CUUUCGUAUCCUAUACAAAAUCAAAGCACAUCUCAAAUUCUCAAUCAUGGAGAAUAAUAUAAUUAAUUACUCAAUUAAUUACAAGGAUUCCUAAACUUCAUGUACGUGUUGACAAAAUACAAGAUAUAGCAGCCAUGAUGACAAUGUGACCGGAUGCUUACUCAUAUAGAUCAUCACAAAUGGACAAAACCUUGUUCAGUUAGUUCACUAGCCAUCGUGCGACCUUAAAUCAACAAUUCAACACCUCUUUCUCAAUCCCCUAUAUAUAUGACACCAUAAAGCAGGUGAAACCCAUAUCAUCAUUCAUCAAUCAUCCCUCCAAUUCCCACAAGAAAAAGAUCAAACUCUCUAAAAGCUAGACUCGAGAUGGUUCAGAAGCACCACGUGGUCGUGUUCUCGUCUCCAGGAAUGGGCCACCUCAUCCCGCUCGUCGAGCUCUCCAAGAAGCUCGUCACGGCCCACGACCUGUCCAUCACCCUUAUCAUCCCGUCCUUGGGGCCACCUCCCAAAGCUCAAGCUCAGGUGCUCGAGUCGCUCCCACCCGGUUCGAUCAACCACGUCCUCCUCCCCCCAUCCGAUCCUUCCAAGUUCCCGACCGGUUCCCGAAUCGAGACCCUGAUUUGUCUCACCGUCGCCCACGCGAUUCCCGCCCUUCACGAUGCGCUCAGGUCACUGGUCGAGAGGGUCGGAAGGCCGGUAGCUCUGAUUGCUGACUUCUUCUGCACCGACACGUUCGACGUUGCCAGGGAAUUCGGGGUGCCGAGUUACUUGUUCAUCCUCAUGAAUGCCACGGUAUUGUCCAUGUUACUUCAUCUCCCGAGGCUCGACCAGGAGGUGUCUGGUGAGUACGGGGACAUGGAUCGCCGGAUCCGGCUCCCCGGUUGCAGGGUCGAUCUCCCCGGUUCGGAUCUGCCCGACCCGCUUCUCGAUCGGAAGGACGACGCCUACAAAUGGUUCAUGCACAACGCCAAACGCUUAAAUCUAGUGGAUGGGUUCCUAGUAAACAGCUUCACCGAGCUAGAAGGAGAGACCAUUCGGUAUUUGCAGGAGAAUGCCGGACCCGAGAAGAAACCGGUCUACCCGAUCGGACCCAUCAUCCAAUCCGGCCAAUCCAACGGUUCGACCGAUCCGAGCGGGUGUUUGGAAUGGCUGGACGAUGAACCAACCGGUUCGGUGGUGUUCAUUUCGUUCGGCAGCGGCGGGACUCUGUCUUCGAAGCAGUUGAAGGAGCUGGCAUUGGGUCUGGAGAUGAGCGAGCAACCUUUCCUCUUGGUGGUGAGAAGCCCCAACGACGCGGCCACCGACGCCUCGUAUUUCAGCGCGAAGAGCGCUUCGAACCCGCUCGAUUUCCUGCCCGAUGGGUUCGUGGAGCGAACCAGAGGCAGAGGCAUGGUGGUUCCGUCGUGGGCGCCGCAAAUCCAAGUGCUUGGCCACCGGGCCACGGGCGGUUUUGUGAGUCACUGCGGGUGGAACUCGACGGUGGAGAGCAUUGUGAAAGGGGUGCCGCUGAUUGCCUGGCCGUUGUACGCGGAGCAGAGGAUGAACGCGGUGCUGCUGGAGAAGGAUAUGGAGAUCGCGUUGCGGCCGGAAGCAGGGGAAGACGGGAUGAUCGGGAGGGAAGAGAUCGCCAGGGUCGUGAAGGGUCUGAUGGGAGGGAAAGAAGGUUCGGUGGUUCGUGAGAGAAUGGCGAAGCUGAAGGUGGCGGCGGCGGAGGCAGUAAAGGAAGGAGGUUCUUCCACCAAGUCGUUGGGUGAAUUGGUAUCUAAGUGGGGAGAAGUGUCAUUAGAAUAGACUAUUUGACCAAAAUAAUAAUUAGUUGAUUUUGUUUUUCAUUGUCAUGAAUUGUAUUCUCUUGUUAGCUGUGCUCUCCAUUAUUUGUUUUCAAGGUCCAUUUAAUAAUUGACUUGAGCUUUUAUGUUUUGUUGGUGGUAGUUAGCAUUAUUAGCUUUGUCGUUGUCGUCAAGAACAAUUCCUUGUAUCCAUAUGAUUCAACCAAGCUCGUCCCGUCCAGAAUUAUUACCCCUAUUUCCGAAGUCCUGGUGUUCUCGAUUGCGAAGAACACGAAGCCCUUUGCCUCUCAAACAGGUUUCUUGCCGACUGUCCAUCUUACCUCGGUACCCAAUAUGCAUAAUUUUGAUUCGUUUUGAACCGAACCGACCGAAUGCCCACCCAUAUCGAUGACUACUACUAGUAGUAAACAAUGAUGGAGUGGCGGAAUUGCUGCUUUGUAAUUUGUAUAUUAUCAAGUAUAAUGAAAAUGGUGUCUCAUA